UCACGGGGGCGGGGCGCGGCCAGGGCCGGAACAUGGCGGCGCCCUCGGCCCCGCGGCCGCCCCGGCCCCGCAAGGAGCCGCAGCCGCUCGUCAUCCCCCGGAGCGCGGCCGAGGAGCAGCGCCUCCGCCUCGAGCGCCUCAUGAGGAACCCGGAAAAGACUGUACCAAUUCCUGAAAAACUGAAUGAAUGGGCACCACGGCCUCCCCCGGAGUUCGUUAGAGAUGUCAUGGGUUCCAGUGCUGGAGCUGGCAGUGGGGAGUUCCACGUGUACCGACAUCUGCGUCGGCGAGAGUACCAGAGGCAAGAUUUCAUGGAUGCCAUGGCUGAGAAGCAAAGACUAGAUGAGGAAUUCCAGAAGAAACUGGAGAGGAAUAAGAUGAUUGCAGAAGAGCAAACAGCAAAACGCAGAAGGAAGCGGCAGAAGUUAAAAGAGAAGAAACUGCAAGCUAAGAAAAGUAAACUUGAACAAAAGAAGCAGGAAAAAGAACCUGGGCAAUCCCAAGAGCAAGGCAGCAGCGAGGAUGAUGAAGAGGAUAGCAAGGAGGAGGAAGAGAAGGAAGAUGAUGCUGAAGAGCCAAGUUUUGUGAUGGGAAGAGGAUGAGGCCUUCCAGGGACAGCUGGAAGCGCUGUUCAUUGCUUUAUAUUCAGGAGCAUGAAAGUCCUUCAUCUCAGCCAAGCAGAACCCAUUGGCGUACGUUACAUCUGCUUAACGGGGCAUGGCCUUCAAGUCACAGGCCCGAGAGAAAAUGAUAGAGAAAUGCCAAAUAAGAGAUUUUUUUCUUAAUUGCUUGUAUAACUGCUGUGCAGUCUGCUCUAAGUUUGCUCUAAAGAGUCAGCCAUAAGUCUCUAUGACCCUGGAGUUCUUUCUAAAAUGGCCCAGAGUGUUUUUCUGUCUGAAAGCUAAAACAUAACUAUUACCAUUUAAGGGAAAUAUUACUGUGAAGGCUACGUAUUCUACUUAUCUUGAAGCUGGUAGCAGUGGGAUACAUGAAUCUAGGGGAAGAGUUUAACCUGAAGUAGAAAAGUGGUCUGUAGCCAGACUCUCCUGCACUGUGAGUGUUCUGCAUUUGGGGUUUUGUAUGGGGUCAUCUCUAACCCAAAGAAAUCAGUUUAUGUUGCUAGACAAGUUCUAUAGAUUUUUAAUCAGGAUCCCUUUUUUAAUGCUAAAACUUUCCCUAUUGCUUUUCUUCCAUGUUUUCUAAAUUAAUAAAAGGGAUGUGUUGGA